CAGUGGGGAAAAUACGCUUACCGACAGCAAGUAGCAGCAUGUUUUUUUACUACCUUGCUUUUAUUCUUUGGUCAUCAGUUGUGGCGCCACAAGAACCUAUAGCCCGGCCUGAAUGUGCUGCAGGACAGAGAAACGAUAAGAUGGCUUGGACGUGUUAUGAACAUAAUGGGAAUGUAACGUGCCGUAGAAGGAGCUACUUCUACAACAAUAACUUCGACAAAUGCGAACAACUUGACUAUAAGGGAUGUGGAGGAAAUAAAAAUAAUUUUCAUACCAUCGAAGAAUGCACAGAUGACUGCCGCUUGACCUUAACAACAUGGGAUUUAAAAUUGUUGAAAUACAUGGAAAAUCGCGUCAACUGCACUACGCCUCUUCCGAAGAUAAAAAAUGGCACCAUUACGCGGUACUAUUACCACAAGCCUACUCGUAAAUGCAGAAAAGCCCAAGUUCUGCAAGGUGACCUUUUCUUCCCGUCCAUUCGACUCUGCGUACAUAAGUGCAAUGCAACCAACAAAAACAUUUUUCGCUGUAAGUUGGAGAAGAAACUCGGUACCCAAGCAAAAAACUGGACGUGCAAGAAAGAUCCCAAAUAUAACGACCUUGUUUGUUAUAGGCCCACAAAAAAAGUGAAGUGAAUAAACCACAUGUUAUUUGC